AUGGCGGCGGCCACCAUGUCCUCUGCAACCUUUGACCCUGCAGACUCAGCCGCCAUGUCCUCACAAUCCUCGGUCUCGGUUUCCUUUUGGGACAACUUGAGCAGGCAUUGGACAGAGGCCGACAGCAACAAGCAAACCCUCAUGGCCAUCCUGCUCAUUCUCCAGCUCGUGGCUCUGUUUUGCUUCAUCAAGCGCUCCCUGGAUAAGAUGUUCGGGCGACGUGCAGAGUAUCGCAAUCAGCGCACAAAACACUUUGCUCGUAGAGCUGCUGUUGCCGCUGCCGGUGGCUCCUCCAAAUCGGGCAUCCCUCUCAGCCAUCAACGCCCGCUCUAUCGUUCCGACAUCAAACCUCAGCUGCCACCAAGACCGUCUCAAAACCAUCCUCUCCGCUCAUCAGGUCCAUCCGCAUCCCAGCCAUCCUUUGAAACCACCUCCACCGGCGACAUUGUUUUACCGUCGUGGACUGAUGCAGGUCCCACUCCGCUCAGGGUCAUCAUCGAAGAGCCCGAGGAGAGUCUCUCCCGCAGCAACUCUCCCCUGCCAUCUCGGCCUCAUUCGCCCGCCAUGUAUCGCGACGCACAGCGUUCGCCCGUCUCUGCUGUCUAUCAAGACGUUGCUCCUCACCACUGGGCCCAUCCCUCCAACUCCCAAAGAGACAGCACCUCGCUCAGGCUCAGAGAGCGCAACGAUUAUUCCAUGCUCCCUUUCAACAUCGAUCGCUCUUCUACCCCAGACACUCGUCUUGAAGAAGUCAGGCGCCCUUUCAGUCGACCAAGCCCUGCCGACAGCCACUUAUACACCACCUCGCAGCAGCCCGCAUUCGCAGAUCCGCUUUCAGCACAAUCCUUCUCGCCUGCCUGA